AUGAGGUUAGCAAGUGGAUUGGAACAAUCAACUGCUCAGGAGUUAAGGUCGUUUUUAGAUUGGAUACUUCAUAUCGGUGAAGGUCUAUAUGGAACUCUGGUCAAUGACAAACUUCUUGUUGAUAUUCCUUCUGAUCUAAUCAUUCUUGUUUUGGAAAAUCCAGUGGAAGAUAUUGUAAAUACAAUCUAUCUGAAUUUGGUUCAGAAUUUUCGUGAUCCAAGCUUUUUCCAGGAUAGGGCAAUACUGGCUCUGACUGUCGAGAAUGUUGAAGAGAUAAACAAUUAUAUAGUUGACUUGUUGCCCGGUGAGGAGAAAAAUUAUCUCAGUGCUGAUUCGAUAUGUGGUAGUGAUGCCUAUUCUGAUGUUGAAGUUGAUUGGAUAAAUGUUGAAUUCUUGAAUUAG